AUGCUUGUUGACAGAGAUACUCUGGGAACUUGUUUUCCAUUCCCAUCUCCUUUCCCUGGUACAAUUUCUUUUGGUUCCUUUUCAGAUUUGGGCAUUUCCCCCUUUGGUGCUGAAUGCCAUCUGGGUUUCCAACAAUUCAGCAUUCGUGGGAAAAGUGGGCUCCCAGGCAAGAGUGGGUCAGGCUGUCACAGUUUUAGUAUUAAUGACGGAAGCAUUUGCUUUGGAAAGCAGGAGAGCCCAAUUCUUUCUGGGACAUCCUCUGGCUUUUUUUGUUUUUUUUUUUUUAAGUCUCGUCAUUGGGUCUAA